AUGCCGAAGGAUGUGAUCUUAAUUGUGUGGUUUUGUGUGUGCACCGCCAGGACAGUGGUGGGCUUUGGGAUGGAUCCCCACCUUCAGAUGGAUGUUAUCACUGAGCUCGACCUCGUGAACACCACCCUUGGAGUCACUCAGGUGUCUGGACUGCACAAUACCAGCAAAGCAUUUUUAUUUAAAGAUAUAGAAAGGGAGAUCCACGCAGCCCCUCAUGUGAGUGACAAAUUAAUUCAGCUGUUCCGGAAUAAGAGCGAAUUCACCUUUCUGGCCACUGUACAGCAGAAGCCAUCCAGUUCAGGAGUGAUACUGUCCAUUCGAGAACUGGAACGCAGCUAUUUCGAACUGGAGAGCAGUGGUCUGAGGGACGAGAUUCGAUACCACUACAUACAUAACGGCAAGCCUAGGACAGAGGCACUUCCGUACCGGAUGGCUGACGGACAGUGGCACAAGGUCGCACUAUCAGUUAGUGCCUCCCAUCUCCUGCUGCACGUCGACUGCAACAGGAUUUAUGAACGUGUGAUAGACCCUCCUGAGACCAACCUUCCCCCAGGAAGCAAUUUAUGGCUUGGUCAGCGCAACCAAAAGCAUGGUUUAUUCAAAGGGAUUAUCCAAGAUGGGAAAAUCAUCUUUAUGCCGAAUGGAUACAUAACACAGUGUCCGAACCUGAAUCGCACUUGUCCGACUUGCAGUGAUUUCUUAAGCCUGGUGCAAGGAAUAAUGGAUUUACAAGAGCUUUUGGCCAAGAUGACUGCAAAACUGAACUAUGCAGAGACAAGACUUAGUCAAUUGGAAAACUGUCAUUGUGAGAAGACCUGUCAAGUGAGUGGACUGCUCUAUAGAGACCAAGACUCCUGGGUUGAUGGUGAUCACUGCAGGAACUGCACGUGCAAAAGUGGCGCUGUGGAAUGUCGAAGGAUGUCCUGUCCCCCCCUCAACUGCUCUCCAGACUCCCUCCCUGUGCACAUUGCCGGCCAGUGCUGUAAGGUCUGCCGACCAAAAUGUAUCUAUGGAGGAAAAGUCCUUGCAGAAGGCCAGCGGAUUUUAACCAAGAGCUGUCGGGAAUGCAGAGGUGGAGUUUUAGUAAAAAUUACUGAAGCGUGCCCUCCUUUGAACUGCUCAGAGAAGGAUCACAUUCUCCCAGAGAAUCAGUGCUGCAGUGUCUGCAGAGGUCAUAACUUUUGUGCUGAAGGACCUAAAUGUGGUGAAAACUCAGAGUGCAAAAACUGGAAUACCAAAGCUACUUGUGAGUGUAAGAAUGGUUACAUCUCUGUCCAGGGAGACUCUGCCUACUGUGAAGAUAUUGAUGAGUGUGCGGCUAAGAUGCAUUACUGUCAUGCCAACACUGUGUGUGUCAACUUGCCUGGGUUAUAUCGCUGUGACUGUGUCCCAGGAUACAUUCGCGUGGAUGACUUCUCCUGUACCGAGCACGACGAAUGUAGCAGCGGGCAGCACAACUGUGAUGAGAAUGCCAUCUGCACCAACACCGUCCAGGGAUACAGCUGUACCUGCAAACCGGGCUACGUGGGCAACGGGACCAUCUGUAGAGCGUUCUGUGAAGAGGGCUGCAGAUAUGGUGGAACAUGUGUGGCUCCUAACAAAUGUGUCUGUCCUCCUGGAUUCACAGGAAGCCGCUGCGAGAAAGAUUUGAAGGAAUGUGUUUAUAAUAUUAUUGACUAUAGUCAUCAUGCUAAUUGCAUUCAUUUUUUUGGUUGGGUAAUAUUCCACUGUGUGUGUAGGUCACAUUAUAGAGACGGAGGGAGGGCCUGUAUGUCUGGAGGAGUUGGAGUAGACAUUGAUGAGUGUGCCUUAAGAACUCAUACCUGUUGGAAUGAUUCUGCCUGCAUCAACCUGGCAGGGGGCUUCGACUGCCUCUGUCCCUCUGGGCCCUCCUGCUCUGGUGACUGCCCCCACGAAGGAGGACUGAAGCACAAUGGGCAGGUGUGGACUCUGAAAGAAGACAGGUGUACUGUCUGUUCCUGCAAGGAUGGGAAGAUAUUCUGCCGGCGGACAGCUUGUGAUUGCCAGAAUCCAAGCGUUGACCUUUUCUGUUGCCCAGAGUGUGACACCAGGGUCACAAGUCAAUGUUUAGAUCAAAAUGGACACAAGCUCUAUCGUAGUGGAGACAACUGGACUCACAGUUGCCAGCAGUGCCGGUGUCUGGAAGGAGAGGUAGAUUGCUGGCCUCUCACUUGCCCCAAUUUGAGCUGUGAGUACACAACCAUCUUGGAAGGGGAAUGUUGUCCCCGCUGUGUCAGUGACCCCUGCCUGGCUGAUAACAUCGCCUAUGACAUCAGAAAAACUUGCCUGGACAGCUAUGGCCUUUCUAGGCUUAGUGGCUCAGUGUGGACAAUGACUGGAUCUCCCUGCACAACCUGCAAAUGCAAGAAUGGAAGUGUCUGCUGUUCUGUGGAUUUGGAGUGUCUUCAUAAUAAUUGA